UGAAUUCGGCUCCCCAGUCCACGAGUGGCAAUCGAGAUAUGAGCUUCCAGAACAAAGUGGUGAUCGUGACGGGGGCCAGCGCUGGCAUCGGGGCAGCCACAGCGGUGCACUUCGCCAAGGAAGGAGCCAGCGUGGUCGUGGUCGGGCGAAAUGAAGCCAGGCUGCAAGAAGUCGCCGCAAAAUGCACCGCAGUCGGCAGCGCGCCGCUCGUGGUCAAAGCGGAUGUCUCCAACGAUGACGACGCCAAAAGAAUCAUCAGCGAAACCAUAAACAAGUUCGGAAAAUUAGAUGUGCUAGUAAAUAAUGCAGGCGUCAUCGCAUACGGUACACUUUUAGAUGGGAAAAUUUUGGAAAGUUUCGACAAGUGCGUUGCCGUGAAUUUGCGGGCUAUGAUCCACACGUCGAUGCUGGCCGCGAAUCACUUGGUCAAAACUAAGGGGAACAUCGUGAACAUAUCGAGUAUUCUUGGGCAGUUCCAUGUUAGUCCGUUCGUGAAUGGGUAUGCGUCUUCUAAGGCCGGGUUAAAUCACUUCACGAGAGGGGGUGCGAAGGAGUUGGCUGAGCACGGGGUGAGGAUGAACGUGGUGAGCCCUGGGCCGGUGGAUACUGCCAUGCUGGACGACUUCGGAGCGAGUGCGGGCGUGCAGGAGGUGAAGACGGCCUUGGGACGGGUGUCCCAAGCGGAUGAGCUGGCUGACUUGAUUCUGUAUGUGGCCAGUGACAAGGCGAAGGGAGUCACAGGGUCCGUGUUUGUGGCCGAUAAUGGUAUAAGCUUGGUCUAAUAUAAUAUGCAAUAUUUUAUUUUAAUCGAUAACUUUUAUGUAUACUGUGAUGUUGAUGUGAAACUUUCUUCUUAAAAGUUAUCCGAUGCUUGAAAAAUCAGCUCUUGAUUUCAUAAUAAAAAAAAAAUUACAUUGUUCGUAGUCAUUUUUCGACGCAUACUUGUAUUAAUUGAAAAUACUAAUUAAUUUAAUUUUUAUUAUUCAUGGUAAUCAAAUAAAUCGUGUAAUUUUAAUUUAUGUUUUAAUAUUGUCCCGACAUUAUAAUUAUUUCUAAAAAG